UUAAAAAAAAAAACUGCGCCUUAAAAGGCUUCUCUCUUCAUACUCUAUAGUAGAUACUCUCUUAUGAAUUGCGAAGAGCAUUGUUCUCAAAUCAACAAUACCCCCUACCAUACAGGGAGCAGGAAUUGAGCAUUCAUGCUUAUUGGAUUACUUUUUCCUUUGGAUUUUCCAUCCUAUUUUCCUUUUGUGUAUUUUUGCCUAUGGAAUGGCUUUUUAUGUGAUGUCUGACAAUUGUUCUCCUUUAUGGUCAAUCCUUCAAAACAUGGUUUACUCCUGAUUAUCAAUAGGUGCCAUAAGUGCUGCUUUUUUAUGUCAGUGGUCUUUUCUUUUUUUUUUUCUUUUUACUGUUAUUGUUCCAUGUUGCUGAUUACGUAGCAGAAGGCCUGGCUAAUUAGUUCUACUCGCUGUUUGCCUAAAUGAGAUUCUAGCUCGUAUGGAAUUAGCAGCCAGCACCAUUGGAAAAUUAAGACGGGUUAGGAGCAGGAGCAGAUUGUACACAGUAACAGCACAUCCCCAUCAUCCUAUUAGCUUUGUCUCCACUUCAAACCUGCAAAUCCCUUCAAGCACUAUGGACGCUCCCCCUGCACAACUAACUGAGAUUCCGUUAUCUGUGACUCAGUUAAACAAUGGCCAACAGAAGAAAACAGCCGUUGAUAAUUUCACUAUUACACAGAAAUCAAAAUAUCUUACUGUUAAUCAGUACCUACCAGGCACCUACCCAAACCAAGGAAGCAUCAAUGGAGCGUUUGAUUCCUCUGGUUGUGUGGAUAGCCACAAUAACUCAGUUGUUAACAAUUAUGUGGCUGAAAACCAGGAGAUUGCAACAAGUGGCAUGCAUUUUAGUGAUGGCAAAAGAAAAGUUGACUAUGUCCUUGUCUACCAUUAUCGACAUCGGCCAACCCAACACAAUGGAUCCCCCACCAACCACCGGCCUCCAGCGGUUAUUGUUUCUAAUGGAAAUUCAGUGACCCCAGAGGAAAUAGGGAAGACACCUCCGGAACAGCCUCUUCCUGGGGAAUCACAUAAUCAACAACAAAAACUUAAAGGACAAAGUCAACAAAAACAACAGAAUCAGGAACAUCAACCUGCUAGAAAUGGUAACUCCUGUCAUCCACACGAGGUGGUGGUGGUAGAGAUGAGCCACCAGGAUGCCCUAGAAGAGGAAAAGAGGUGUCAACGGGAAGAGUUUGAGCAUAAUCUUAUAGAUGCUGGAUUGGAGUUGGAAAAGGACAUUGAGAACAGGACUCAGGGUCUCAACUUUGUAAGGAUUCACGCACCAUGGCAUGUGUUAAGUCGUGAAGCAGAAUUCCUUAAAAUUAAGGUGCCCACAAAGAAGAUGUAUGAAGUGAAACAAGGAAGUGGUAUCAUGGUCAAAUUAAACGCUAUAUGGAACAAAUGUACAAAGCCUUUACAGCCCAAUGUGCCACAAUUAGGUGGAAACGCGAAGAUGAAACCUUUGUCUUAUCCGUUCUCCAGAGACAAAAUGCAUCUGUACGAUAUUAAAGACAAAGACACAUUUUUUGACAAUGCAACACGCAGUCGAAUAGUUCAUGAAAUUUUAAAGCGAACGUCUUGCACAAAGGCCAAAUACAGUAUGGGUAUUACCACAUUGAUAGCGAAUAAUGUCUACGAAUCUGCCUAUCCUUUGCAUGAUGGGGAUUAUGAUCACAAAACAAGUGAAUUAAACGAGAGAAUGUUGUUACACAGAGAAUGGGCAAGAUAUGGAGCAUUUUACAAAUAUCAACCUGUUGAUCUAAUAAGAAAAUAUUUUGGAGAAAAAAUUGGACUGUAUUUUGCCUGGCUUGGACUCUAUACAUGGCUGCUAAUUCCUGCCUCUUUGGUUGGGAUAAUAGUCUUUCUGUAUGGAUGUAUAACUAUCGAUGAUGACAUUCCUAGCAAAGAAAUGUGCUACACUGACCAAACGUUCACCAUGUGCCCACUAUGUGACAAGGCGUGUGACUACUGGAAUCUAAGCUCUGCCUGCAGUACAGCACGUGCCAGCCACUUAUUUGACAACCCGGCCACUGUCUUCUUUUCUAUUUUCAUGGCUCUUUGGGCUACCUUAUUCCUUGAACACUGGAAACGAUUGCAAAUGAGGUUAAGCUACUUUUGGGACCUUACAGGCUUGGAAGAAGAAGAAGAACGUAUAAAGGAACAUCCAAGGCCAGAAUACGAAACUAAGCUGCUUUUAAUGAAAGAGAAGUGCAAAGCUAGGAAAAAUGGGAAGAAAGAGAAAUUGACAUGGAAGGACCGAAUUCCUGCCUAUUUGGUUAAUUUUGGAGCUAUUUUAUUUAUGAUUGCACUAACAUUUUCAGCAGUGUUUGGAGUCAUCAUUUAUCGCAUCACCAUUUCAGCAGCCUUGGCAUUAAGCACAAACGAAAGCACAAGAGCAAACGUUCGUGUGACUGUGACAGCAACCGCUGUUAUCAUUAACCUAGUCGUAAUUCUUAUAUUAGAUGAAAUUUAUGGGUCUGUCGCAAAAUGGCUGACUGAAAUAGAGGUACCUAAAACAGAAAAAACCUUCGAAGAACGGUUGAUUCUCAAAGCCUUUCUCCUGAAGUUUGUAAACUCCUAUGCCUCAAUUUUCUAUGUUGCCUUUUUCAAAGGAAGGUUUGUUGGAAGACCUGGCAGCUACAACUACAUUUUCAAUGAUUACAGAGUGGAAGAGUGUGCUCCGGGAGGAUGUCUGAUGGAGCUCUGCAUUCAACUCAGUAUCAUCAUGUUGGGGAAACAAUUGAUACAGAACAACUUGUUCGAGAUUGCAAUACCGAAAUUGAAAAAAUUGUUCAGAAAGUUGAAGGAUGAAAGGACAGACUCACGGGAGAACAGUCUGCACAAUUCUAGAGAACAUCAACAAUGGGUCCGUGACUACGCUUUGGAGCCAUUCACUGGACUGACACCAGAAUACAUGGAGAUGAUAAUCCAAUUUGGCUUUGUGACUUUGUUUGUGGCAUCGUUUCCUUUGGCUCCACUCUUUGCUCUGCUCAAUAACAUUAUAGAAGUGCGGCUCGAUGCAAAAAAGUUUGUAGCAGAGUUAAGAAGACCAGAUGCUGUUCGCGCUAAAGAUAUAGGUAUUUGGUACAAUAUUUUAAGUGGAAUUGGAAAAUUUGCAGUCAUCAUAAAUGCGUUUGUAAUAUCUGUGACAUCAGAUUUCAUUCCUCGUCUCGUGUAUCAGUAUAUGUACAGUUCAAAUGGAUCCAUGCAUGGAUUCAUCAAUCAUACCCUUUCAUACUUCAAUGUCAGCCAUCUAAAACCCGGAACCCAGCCAGAAAACUCACAGUUUUCCCAAGAUGUUGUUUUCUGCAGAUAUAAAGAUUAUCGAGAACCUCCUUGGUCUUCGAACCAGUAUGACUUUUCCAAGCAAUACUGGACAGUUUUAGCUGUACGACUAGCCUUUGUUAUACUCUUUCAGAACUUGGUUAUGUUCUUGAGUGCGGUGGUGGACUGGUUAAUUCCCGACAUUCCCAAGGACAUUAGCGAGCAAAUCAAGAGAGAGAAGAGCCUGAUUGUCAACGUCUUCCUCAAAGAGGAACACAAAAAACUCCAACUCUUGGAGAACUUUAUUAUGCACGACAAACAGCGAGCAAAGACAGAGAACAGGGGGCGGCGGAGCCGAGCAGCGAGCUUCUGCCAGUUUAGCCGCAGCCAACGUGGCAGCUUCACAUCGUUCAGCUCACACCACACCGACGUGUGACUCCUUUUAAGCCUGCUAGAUAUACAGCAAAGAAAAUACUUAUACAGUCAAAGCGUAUAAUAUUGAAACUGGAGAUGGAAGAACGUGUGAAAUGACAGAAUGGGAUGAAGGCAGAAUUUUUUUUUUUAAGUUAAUUUUACCGCAAACGUCUCCAAAAAUGAUCUGAAGCAGGCUUUGUAAUCUAUAACGAAUAGUCUGAUGCUCAGUACGGCACAGACAGGCUUAAGUACGACUUGGUACAAAAUAAUUCCUGCUGCUCGUAAUAUGCAUGUGGCUACCAGAACCGAAUACAGGACAAGGAGUAGGAGCAAAAAAAGGCCACAACUUUUUGUUUUUUCACGUUUGAAUUCUUUUUUUUUUUUAAAUAGAUUUAGCCAAGCUCAUAAAUUUUUCAUGAGCAAUGACUUUAAAUCAUGUGACAACUCUUAAACACUGCGCGCUAUUGAGAAUCCUGCUGCUGUGCUUUAAAAUAAGACAGUGUAAGCAUAUCAAUAUACAUCAGAUUCAUACAAUUGCUAGACUGCACAUUGUACUCAAAAGCAUAUUUUUAUUUUUUAAUGGAUUAAAAUGUACAGUAAAAAGAAAGUAUAUCUUUUAAUGAAGCUGCUCAACUUAAACACAAAAACAAACAAAAGGAAUGUAUAUCUUUAAAUUAAAUUGCUUUACUGGGAAUGUGUAUAUUUGCAAUAAACUAACUUCCUCUGCUACCUUUGUGCUCUCCAGACGACAUGCAAUCCGUGCCCUCCUUAUUGUGCGUGUAUAGCUGGGUGCUCUUGAAAACUUUUUGAAUGUAUAGCGAGAAGAACCACAAUCUCAGGGCUAAUUUUAUAUUGUUUGUUCUUGAAGAUGAUGUAUCAAAGAUGUUUUUGAUACCUGGACAUUAAAACACAUAUAAAUGAUCCAACCUCUAAAUGUAACCAUCACAUUUUGUCUCUGAUGCUGAUAAAAGAAAGGAAUGAAUGUAUAAUCAGAGGUGAUAAUAAACCUUUUCUUUCUUGA